AUGUCACCAAGUACAAAGAAUCUAGAAGCACGGCGCCAACCCUCAUUGGUGACACGAGGGGCUUCUUCUGCGAUAAUGGCCCUUCCUCACGAGCUCGCUAUUCAUAAUUGCUUAGCAAUAUCCUGGGCGAGGAAACAGACACCUUCUGUUUCUCCCAUUCCGAGUGGUAGGGUCUGCGAGGAUAUCCCUUUUCUCAGCUUCCCUUUUCUCAGCUUCCGAACACUUUCUGAACCAGUUCUGGGACGAAACUGCGAUGUUGAACGCGUCAUUGGCGCCACAGGCGAUGAUGGACCCGUUGAAUGGACUACUGUACUUGAAGUAGCAGGGCAAAGGAUAUCUGCAUGCUGUUCACUGCAUCAGACCAACGCCUACUUUCAAUCAAUGCUUCAUUAUCUAUAUAUAUCCUUAGUCCUUCCUUCACUGCAAUAG